UGUGAAUGCCGCGCGUUACGGUACUGAGCUGACACGUGACAGUGUGACCUGAGCGCUGUGCGCCGCACUGACUGCUGGGUAAUAAUGAGUCUGGGAGUGUGGGAACAGCGUGUUGUGGGGAGUCCCCAGAGAUCUGCUGAAUUUCAAUAGAAGACAGAGAUCAUGUCCAAGGCCACAUUUCAUGCCCCAAAGCGGAAAAGAAAAGUCUACGAAUCCUACGAGUCCCCGUUUCCUAUUCCACUGGCCCACGAUCAUUCCUCUAGGGAUUUCCACAUCUGCCAGGCUGAGAUUCUGAAUAAUCAUGUGAUUGUGAGAUCCACUGAGGACAUCGAACUGCUGUAUGGGAAGGGAUACUUUGGGAAGGGCAUUUUGUCCCGGAGUCGCCCCCAGCACAGUAUCGCCGAGCAGCAGCUCCAGUCCAAAUGGAAAGACAUAAAAGUGAACCUGCCAAUCAUUUCCUCCAGGAGAUAUAAGCUCCAUCUGGAAUGGGCAAAGAAUCUCCUUGAAGAACAAGGUUUAGGCACCGAGUCCAUUAAUAAGAUCCUGGCAGAUUACACAAGGGAAGUUGAUAUUUCAGCAGAAGGUGAUGUAGUAGAAGAAAAUCCCCCUGCAGAAUCCAGAAUGGACUUGGAUCCAGAAAAUGGAACUAAAUCACAGAGCUCAGAUUCCAACCCUGGGAAAGAAAGUGAAGGUAAAGUGUUUCUGGAAGGAAACCCAGAGUAUGAUCCUCUGGCUAAAUAUGGACCCGAGGUUCUGCAGGAGGAAAGAGCCGAGGAAGAGCCGGACAGAAAUAAACUGGAAAAAGUUCAUUGUCCCAAACACGAUGAUUUCAUUCUACACUGCGGCUGCAAACCCAGGAGGGAGACCCUACAGAAUGAAUUGGAUUCCCCGGCCAGGCCUCACAUGGAGUAUUUGCUGGUGGAAGAAGUGCAAGAGAAUGUGGAUUUGGGCCCAGAAGGAACAGAAGAGAAUAAAGGAGCCAGGGGGAGAGGAAGGUUAGUCUGUCGCCGGAAUCCUUUUAGAAUCUUUGAAUAUUUGCAACUGAGUCGAGAAGAGGCUUUUUUCUUGGUGUAUGCUCUGGGCUGCCUCACCAUCAGUUAUAAGAAGGAGCCGCUGACAAUCCAGAAGCUGUGGGAAGUGUUCUGCGCUGCGCAGCCAAGUUUCAGCACCAAGUAUCUGGCCUACCAUCACUUCCGCAGCAAAGGCUGGGUGCCCAAAGUGGGCCUGAAAUACGGCACUGACCUCUUACUGUAUCGUAAAGGCCCCCCUUUCUACCAUGCAAGCUAUUCUGUCAUUGUGGAAUUAGUCAAUGACAAGGGUGAGGGCACCCCACUGAGACCCCUGAGCUGGAGAUCCCUGGCUGGGCUGCACAGGACAACUGCUAAUGUCUCCAAGGAACUUCUUUUCUGCUAUUUAAUAAAACCUGCCGGCUUCACUGACUCUGACUUCAUAUCUCCAGCUUGUAUACACAGGAUAAAGGUUCAAGAAUUAAUUGUGAGCCGCUGGGUCUCCUCUCGUGAAAGGAUGGAUCACGAGGAACUGUAACUUUAUCACAGAGUGAUGAAUCCACUCAAUGUACAUAUUGGAAUAAAGUAUAUUCUGCCUUUC